GAGUUUCACUUUUGUUGCCCAGGCUGGAGUGCAAUGGCAUGAUCUCAGCUCACCACAGCCCCCACCUCCUGGGUUCAAGCGAUUCUCCUGCCUCAGCCUCCCGAGUAGCUGGGAUUACAGGCAUGUGCCACCACGCCCGACUACUUUUGUAUUUUUAGUAGAGAUGGAGUUUCUCUUUCUUGGUCAGGUUGGUCUCAAACUCCUGACCUCAGGUGAUCCGCAGCCUCGGCCUCCCAAAUUGUUGGGAUUACAGGUGUGAGCGACCAUGCCUGGCUGCAUAGACCAGUUCUUAUGAGAAGGGAUCAACUAAGAAUAGCCUUGGGUUGACACACACCCCUCUUCACACUCACAGGAGAAACCCCAUGAAGCUAGAACCAGUAAUGAGUUGAGAGGUGAGAGUUAGACAGUAGCUCAGAGAUGCUAUUCUUGGAUAUCCUGAGCCCCUGUGGUCACCAGGGACCCUGAGUUGUGCAACACUCAGCAUGACAGCAUCACUACACUUAAAAAUUUCCCUCCUCACCCCCAGAUUCCAUUUCCCCAUCCGCCAGGGCUGCCUAUAAAGAGAAGGAGAGAUGGCUUCAGACAUCAGAAGGACGCAGGCAGCAAAGAGUAGUCAGUCCCUUCUUGGCUCUGCUGACACUCGAGCCCACAUUCCAUCACCUGCUCACAAUCAUGCAGGUCUCCACUGCUGCCCUUGCCGUCCUGCUCUGCACCAUGGCUCUCUGCACCACCUGUGACUCGUGCUUAUUCUCUCCUUUCUCUGCAGUUGCUGCUGACACGCCGACCGCCUGCUGCUUCAGCUAUAUCUCCCGACAGAUUCCACAGAAUUUCAUAGCGGACUACUUUGAGACCAGCAGCCAGUGCUCCAAGCCCGGUGUCAUCUUCCUAACCAAGAGAGGCCGGCAGGUCUGUGCUGACCCCAGUGAGGAGUGGGUCCAGAAAUACGUCAGUGACCUGGAGCUAAGUGCCUGAGGGGUCCAGAAGCUUCAAGGCCCAGCGACCUCGGUGGGCCCAGUGGGGAGGAGCAGGAGCCUGAGCCUUGGGAACAUCCCUGUGACCUCCACAGCUACCUCUUCUAUGGACUGGUUGUUACCAAACAGCCACACUGUGGGACUCUUCUUAACUUAAAUUUUAAUUUAUUUAUACUAUUUAGUUUUUAUAAUUUAUUUUUGAUUUCACAGUGUGUUUGUGAUUGUUUGCUCUGAGAGUUCCCCCUGUCCCCUCUGCCUUCCCUCCAGUGUGUCUGGUGACAACCGAGUGGCUGUCAUCGGCCUGUGUAGGCAGUCAUGGCACCAAAGCCACCAGACUGACAAAUGUGUAUCGGAUGCUUUUGUUCAGGGCUGUGAUCGGCCUGGGGAAAUAAUAAAGAUGCUCUUUUAAAAGGUAAA